GGACAUAACCACCUCCACGGAGUGUUUCGGGGCGGCGAUGACGGCGCUGAGCCUCUCGGGAACGACCUUCGGGCCCUUCGUCGGUUUCGCCCACAGCUGCGUCUGGAAGAACGGCAUGCUCACCUUUGGCGACGGCAGUGCGGGAUCAGAUGGCCACGCUACCGACCAGUACGUCUGCAUCGGCGUGUACGUUAGCACGACAACUUCCGCAACCAGCAGCUCACUCACGAGCACUACUUUGACACAGACCAGCUCAUCGGCUACAACCACUACACCUUUCCCUGACUAUUCGCUGAUGCCCGCUGGCAUAACGUGCUAUGAAGGCGGCCUCAGCGACGUGAUUGAUUCGGCCGAGUGCUUUGGAAUAGCAAAGAAAGCUGUGGGUUAUGGGGAUGUUGUUACACUGCUGGUGCCUGUCAGUGCCCUGACUGUCAGCUGCGUCUAUGACAUUUCGUCUGGCCAGGUCUUUUACUCCACGGCCACUGGCGCUACCGCUCAGCCUAACAGUCUGCUCCAGUACAUUUGUCCAGGCAUUUUCACCAGCACAGAAACUUCGGCAACACUCACCACCUCGUCGAUAUCGACCGCGUCGACAACUGUCAGCACUACCAUUUCCGCCACUGAGCUCGAUUAUUCCAUGCUGCCUGCCAGCGAGACUUGCUACGAUACGGGAACAGACGACGUGCCCACGAAGGAUGAGUGUUUCGGCGAUGCUGCCACCGCUUUGGGCUUGAACCCUGCGGGGGGUACCUACGUCCCAGGCAGCAGCCUCGGACUGAGCUGCGUCUACGACCCAUCUACAAACAACAUGCUAUUCUCGGACUCCACUGGCUCUGGGACCAUCGGCGACUCCGGCUACAAUUUCGUAUGCAGGGGGAUCGCGACGAGUACUGUUUCCAGCACCUCGGCCUCGACAGCGAGCUCGACAAUGAGCGCCACGACGAUCACGUUGAGCAGCAGUCUGACGGCUGUCUCUGCAACGGCGACUGCCACGAGCACCACUUCGGGGAACGACUACACGCUCCUGUCCACAGGGCAGACGUGCCACGACGCGGGGAUGGUCGACGUGACGACUGCGAGCGAGUGCUUCGGUUCGGCGGCGACCUACGUUGGCCUGAGCUCCUCCCCGGUCCAGGACUUCUCGGCCUUCGCGCAGCCGUUCAGCUGCAUCUUCAAGACCGACACGGCCAAGAUCUA